CGUUUCGCCUGAGGUGGCCGCUCGCUUCUGUGUGGCGGCGGCCGGGGAGGGGCCGCGCCAGGAAUCUACAAUUAAGAGAUUGACUAGAGCUGGGCAUGGUGGUACGGCAGAGGCAGAUGGAUCUCUGAGUUCAAGGCCAGCCUGGUCUACUGAUACAAAAUAUGGAAAGUCCAGACAGGAAAAGACAGAAAGUUUUAAAGGCCAAAAAAACAAUGCCUACAAGUUGCCGGAAGCAGUUGGAGAUCCUGAACAAGUCAAAGAAUGUUGAAGCUUCAAAAUCAACAGUUGGAACUAAUAUUCCAAAUGGCUAUAAUCAGAAGAUGUUUUCAGAAAACAAAGAAAAUGUUAAGCUCAUGAAAGCUUCAGAGCAAAUUAAUGAAAAUGGUUGUGUAGCUCUGGAAAGGCAUACAGCACUGCUAGAACAGGUUAAACAUUGGAUCCGACAGGAAAUCUACAUGAUAAAUUGUAAUCUGUUCGAUAAAAAGCUGAAUGAACUGAAUGAACGCAUUGGGAAGACCCAGUGUAAGAAGAAGCAUGAAGCAAUAGCUGGUGAACUCUUUAUAAAAAUCAGAAGACUUCAAAGACGUAUUAAAACAGUAUUAUCAUCUCAAGGAAAUUGUUUGGAACCAAACACAUUACCCAAUAAUACAGUCUGUGAGGUUACAGAUUCAGAGGCAAUGAAUUCGAGUGUGACCCAAGAGUCAGUUAAAAGCCGAAGUAAAAGAAUGCCUUCUGUGAACCCUGAUUGUUUUAACUCCUCAGAAAAAGCAAGUAGAAGGGUUAAUUUGUCAUCAGCUUGUGUUGAGUUUGUUUCUGAAAGUAACACUGAUGAUGUUAUGUUAAUUUCUGUGGAAAAACCUAAUUUGACAGCUCCAGUUACAUCAACUCCAACAGAAAUUGGAAAAAACACAUCAAGGAAAUUUAGCAACUCACCUAAUACCGUAAUUGAAGUUGGGGCUGUAGAGAAGAAACUUGAUCUUGUUAUUGACUUGACAAAAGAAGGCCUGCCCAACUACAACAGAGAAAGCCCAGCAUUCACCCUGAAGUCAUCUUCGAAAGCUGUUUUAAGAUCAAAUGAAAUAAUCCCAGUGGCAGAAAAUGGAGCUGAGGGUUUUGAUUCAUUUGAACACCUGCCACCUCUCCCAGAGCCACCACCACCACUCCCUGAGAUGGCAGACAAAAUCCAAGACACUCUUCCUCCCCAAAAGCCUGAGCUGAGAGUGAAGUGGGUGUUGAAGCCGCCAGGCAUUGCCCUGACUUGGAACAUCCCCAAGGUCAACCCCAAGUGUGCUCCUGUGGAGAGCUACCACCUCUUCCUGUGCUAUGAGAACUCAAAUCAUUUGACUUGGAAGAAAAUUGCAGAAAUUAAAGCUUUACCUCUCCCAAUGGCCUGCACUUUAUCUCAGUUUUUAACUUCCAACAAAUAUUAUUUUACUGUUCAGUCAAAAGACAUUUUUGGGCGAUAUGGACCAUUUUGUAAUAUAAAAUCUAUUCUUGGGUUUUCUGAAAACCUUACCUAAAAAGUUCUCAGUAAUUAUAUGUUGUGUACAUGUCAUGUUUUCAUAUUUGAAUGUUUGUUUACAGUGUUUCUCUAAUACUAUACAUUGUAACAUUGCACAGUUCAGUUUGUGACCCCUUUGUAUGGGGACAGUCCUACAUGUAUUGUGUCUUGGGAUUUUGUGUAUUUCUAAUUUGCAUUCGGUAUGUACUUCUGUGGUCUGUGUUCUCACACAAUACCCUGUCGUGGACCCAUGUUGCCACUGUGUGUUCCUGUGGUGGCAGUGGAGCUGCUGCUGUGUCAGAAGCCCUCUUGUACAAGCAGCCACUUUCCCCAUUCUUGACACUCAGCUGUAACCUGGGAUGUAUCCCUGCCAGAUCUAGUACACAGAAAUUCCUUCCUUUUGUUUUUAUUCUAAAGCAGACUAUUGAUUUGUGCCCUUUUCUUUGAUUUUGUUUGGCUAGCAAUCAUUUGAGAGAAACAACUUGGAGGUUUUGCCUAAACACCACAAUUAGUUAGUUCAGUCAUUUGGGCAUUGUGGGACAUACCUUUAAUCCCAGCACUUGGGAAUUCAAGGCAGGCUGAUCUCUUUGUUCAAGCCAGACUGGUCUACAUAAAAGUUCCAGUCUAGCCAGAGCUAUUUAACAGGCUGUUUUAAAGAAUUUUUUUCUUUGUUAAACAUUGUGUGCUAUAUAUAUAAAAAUGCACGGUGCUUCUUUAAAAAAAAAAUUCAACCUGCUAUUUUAACCAUGGAGUUGAUCCCUUAGGUUGGAGACUUUAAUUUGCUGAUUUCUAAUUUCUUUAAAUGCCUCCCUUUGCCGUGUUCCUGGCUUCCCUCAGUACUAAGAGAACGUAAUGCUUAAAAAGGCUCUGAUAAAAGGAUUUUGUGCACACCUCUCCCCAAAGAAGCACUGAAGUAGAGUGUAACCCGUCCAAGAGAUGGUAUGUCAAGAGAGCCCUGAGAUGUCUGCGUCACCACUCAAGAGAGACAGACUACGUAGUUAGUAACUGGGAGGUCAAUCAAACCAGCAUGCAGCAUGGUGCUCAAGUGGGGCACUCUACUGGUGCACAGUGGAAGUUCUGAGGUACGAAUAGGGAGCGGUUUCCCUGGGUGUCUGGUGUUCCUCUACAUCUUCGUAAAUAAAGCUUUUUUGUCAGUUGUUCUGUCUAUAUGAAA